CCUGCAGCAAAUUACUACGCACAAACGGCAGUGCCUUUCACCAAAUUGCUCGGGACUGUGACGAAUAUUCUGGUGUUUACAGUGGUCGAACUCGUGGGCUUUAUGGGUCUUCUUGUCGUUUUGCGUAAAAAGUUUGGGGUCUCACCACUGUACCAACUCGCGUUUGUCUUGGAGACGCAUGUUCCAACUGUACAAGGACACUUGUUGGUGUGGACGGUUUCCAUUCUACGAAUGGCGCUUAAGCAUCAAGGUAAG